CAGCUACGCCUGCGUCCGGCUUAGGUCAUAGCGAACCGGGGUCUCACUCUCUCCCCUCCACCCAUGGCGAUUCCGCAGUCCGCGGGGUGGUCGAAAGCUUGAGAGGAGAUGUCGGACGAGGUCAGAUCAUUCUUGGACACCGGAAUCUAUCGACUGGUUCGGGAUGGGUCGAAGGUGGUCUUUCUCGACCCUGUUCGAAUCCUCAACUACUCCUACUCUCGAUUUUGGGUAUCUCCGUCGGCUUACUACUCACGCUCCUUCGAGACUACCACCGCCGCAUUGAAAACCGAUGCCGUUGAGGAUUCUCGGAUUCUGAAGAAGAGGAAGAGGACGCGAGCGCCGCGCGAUUUGAACGAGAGCGAAAGAGCCUCGGAGAAGCGCCACCAAGAAGCGAGAACUUUUUUGCUGAAUGCGCACAAAGCAUUUCUCGAAGCUGCUGAGCUCCAAGCCUUGCUUCCCGAAUUGGUGAAGUCUGAGGUCUCCUUGCCUACUAGGAGAGCUUCGGAACAGAAAUUUAUUCAGCUUGGAAGCCUCUGGCAAGCGCCGUUGUACGAGAUAUCACUUUGUUUUAGGAACAAGAACUUGUCAGAUGAUACAGGAGGUUAUAGGCUUGGCGAUCAUGGCGGAACUAUUAUAGUGCACCGAUUGUAUAAUAACUUAAUUUGUAAUGAGACAAAUGAAGAUGUGGAAGCUGAGUUUCAGAGCAAUCACUAUAUAUUACCCAGUAGAAGCUGCUUCCACAUGACCACUGAAUUCAGAAUUAAGUCUGACUUACGACAAGUUCGCAAUCUUGUUCCUGGUAAUCUUCACAAGUCAAAUCAAACACUCUCAUUUGUUGAAAAAUGUUUUACAGCUCACUCAAAAGAUGGGUUUAACUUUAUUGUGAUUGACCCACCAUGGGAAAAUGGGAGUGCCUGCCAAAAAGCAGUGUACCCGACGUUACCUAACAGAUACUUUCUGUAUCUUCCUGUCAAGGAACUUGCUCAUGAAGGGGGAGCCCUUGUGGCACUUUGGAUGACUAAUCGGGAAAAGCUACGCAUAUUUGUCGAGAAUGAACUAUUUCCUGCUUGGGGAGUGACAAAAUUUGUUCUCUCCUAUUGGUUAAAGGUGAAACCAGAUGGAUCAUUGAUCGGUGAACUGGAUUUAUUUCAUCACAGACCGUAUGAGUGCCUGCUUCUUGGAUACAUAAAUUUGCAGAAUGAUGACUCAAGAGCCAUGCCAUUUGAGUAUUUGGGAAUCAAUCAAGUCAUUGUCAGCAUUCCUGGUGAUUACUCGAGGAAGCCUCCACUGGGACAAUUAUUGAAGGAUCAUAUACCAGGCCCCAAGCCCGCAAAGUGCAUUGAGCUUUUUGCCAGAGAACUGGGGGCAGGUUGGACUUCAUGGGGGAAUGAGCCACUUCACUUCCAAGACUCAAAAUACUUUGUGGAAAGAGACAAUGAAAGAUAAUGCUCCUUGAUGGGAUCUUUCCUGCUGGAAUUAAGGCAGUCUCUUUGCCAUUGUUUGGAUGCUGCAAAGAAGCAUUUUUGACUCUGAUACCUCAUCUUUUCAGGUACUUGGAGAGACCAAUCUUCGAGCAGAGCCACACAAUCACAAUCUCGAGAUGAAAAGUUGGUGGAUGCUGCUUUGUUAAGGUCAUGAUUAAGGUGAAAAAUCUUUUGCUUUUAACUUCUGAUGUUAAUGAUGCUUGGGAUAAAGAGACAUAACAAGCGGUUGAUUAGCCUGUAGAACCCUCUCCACUGCUUGAAGAUGGUAUGCAUCUGUUGUUUAUGCAGCAUGCGGUAUAAAAUUCCAUUGUAUCAUCAACAUUAAAAUGUGAUUCAUAACUUGCAUUUUAAUCACAUUAGCAUCGCAUGAUACGUCGAA